AGAACAGUGAGCGACGUGCGUCUGUCGAGAUCGAUUCAGUGUGCGAACAGAACUUCUGUUUGUUGUCCGCAGGAAAGAGGCAUCGCUGCACACAGCGGCUGGCACGACUUGGAAAGUGGUGACACGAAAUGAACCGGAAACGAUGGACCGUGAGGGCGCUGCGAAUGGAUUUACGGUGCGGUGCCAGCGGAACCGGCUGCUGCACGCCGGCCAAGAUCAUCUGUAUCUUCUUGCUCGCGAUACUGAUGCACGAGGAAGCUGUGCGCAGUAACCGGCUGUUCGAGGCGGAUACAUCGGAAACACGGCAACCGUCGGACAGCGAACCGUACUUCGACACGACGAUUUCGUCGAACGUGACGGGUCUCGUCGGGGAAACGGUCCAGCUCGUCUGUAAAGUGAAGAACCUGGGAAAUAGAACCGUUGCCUGGGUGAGGCACAGAGACAUACAUCUGCUGACUGCCGGAGUGUUCACGUACACGAGCGAUCAGCGAUUCACGGCGGUCCACGUGCCGCACACGGAGGAUUGGAUCCUCAGGAUAAGCUUCGCUCAGAAGAAGGACACCGGGACUUACGAGUGCCAACUGUCAAACACUCCGCCCAUUAGCCGCCAUUUUCAUCUCACCGUUGUUGAGCCAGUUACAGAGAUCGCCGGUGGUCCGGAUUUCUUCAUCAACAAGGGCAGCACGAUAAACUUGACGUGUCUGGUCAGUUACGCUCCGGAGCCGCCGUCCGCGAUCAUUUGGAGCCAUAAUCACGAGACGAUUAACUUCGAGACACCGAGGGGUGGCAUCAGCCUCGUCACCGAGAGGGGGCCAGUCACUUCGAGCCGUUUGCUCAUUCAGAGGGCGACCAAGGAAGACUCCGGCCUGUACACGUGCGCGCCGGGAAUGAUGCACCCUGCCAGCGCGAGAGUCCACAUCGUCAACGAGCAUCCGGCGGCGAUGCAUCACGGACACGGCGACAGGAUAUCCGCCGGGCUGAUCACUAUGGUUCUGCUGCUCUCGGUGGUCAUCUAGCCGGCGCUGAAUCCUCGCGAGCCGCCAUGAUGGAGCACAACGAGAUCAUUGUACAUUCGUUCGGAGAACAACGUGGAAAUGCGUUUACAAGGAAGAUCUUUUUGCAAGGAACGACUCCUUGGGAAAUUUCAGUGGCUCUGUGGAAAUUCGAUGGAGAGACACGCGUCGGCUUGUUUCGGAGGUGACUGUCGUAGUUGCAGUAAGUAGCGUAAAGAAUAAUCCUUGAACGCGUACGGCAGAGGAGAACCCAACGGCGAUGCCAAAGGAAACCGUUCAAAGUACAAAAGUGAAGGAACAGAAGGCAGCAGAGACGCGUGAAACACAAUAUAUUUAGAAUUCCAUGUAUAGCGUGUGUCUUUCACCUGAAUCGUAACGAUUAGCGGAGAAACCUUCAUUGUACGUCGCGCAUAACGCACUGUACAUAACGGAUGCACCCUCGUGUGCCUAAGUCAUCGGUCGCCUGGUCAUUAGGACGAUGCAUUUCUAGUAACCGUAUGAUCAGUACGCAAACUACCUAACGAAAAGUCCAACUAUUCGACAAAGUAUACAGAGAAAAAUCCAACGUGCCGCUAAUGAUCUCGAAAACGAUGGAACUCUAAGCCUCGUUUCAAAAAAAAGGAUCUUCUAUCUGUCUAAUAUUGACUUCGAUUCAAUAAAAUGCUGGACUUGCAAUUGUUUUUGGAGAACAGAAAAUUAAAAACUGCAAUCUUGCGUCUUCUCCGUGUCCAUACACGCUGAACGAGCUAAAAUAAUUUGACAUUAGCUGAUUCGAGUGGCCGGCGACUUAUGUACGCGAGUAUGCACCGUCAGCGAGCAUUUUUUAUAGAGUCCGUCAACGGAGAUCAGCGUCUCGUAGUUUGUAAAGAUAAGCGACGUUAUUAUAGCUCGACUGUUCGCGGUGUAAGAACUUUUUUACGAAUGUACAUAAGUAAAGAACUCUCUCACUUCCUCGUUGUAACGACACGUUAGGUUAAACAACGGAUCCAGUCCGGUGCGGGCGCGGGCGACAGCUUUUGCUCCGAAGAUGUUCCGAUUUUCGAUUCAUUCGAAAGGUCUCCGAACUUCUCAUCUCGACGGAGAACGCGUCGAGAGUCGGAGAGACGUCUCGCAGCUCGGAACUAGGCGACAAUUGCAGUUUGUUCGUCGUCUAAGAAGCGAUGUCGGAGGAACAAAAUUCUGUCGAUCUUGGAUAUGCGGAAUUGACGAAAGACUUAGCCCGUGCCUGUACGAAUCGGUCGAUUACGGAUCUCGAGAGCGAUUAAAGGGAACGAUCGACACGAGCCGGUGUGGCAAUUGCGGUGGUUGUUCCGUUUGACGCGUUCAGCGCCACGUCGGUCACAUAUGGGUGACACUAAUUUUUCGCCAAUUUUGAAAAUUCAUUGUCAUUGUAAUAUAUUCGAACAAACUGAAGUUGACUAGGUUGUUUCGAAUGCGAAAGAGUUCUAAUGUCGUCCGCUAUUAUAAGCACUAACUUUUUAGUUUCGGUCUAAUUCAUUAAAUUGCAUUGAUUUCAUGGCAAUUUUAGUGGUCACAAUUGUCGGCGCUGAACGUGUUGAACAACUUUCGAGAAAUAUUGUAUGUCGCGAUGGAAUUUCUAUCCUCGUCCGUGGAAAUGUUAUGAUGAAAUACAGACAACGAAAACCAAAAAAUGA